CAUUUCAAACACUCUCCCUUCUCUUCUCCAUCUUCUUAAACUCUUGAUACCAUAUCUCUAAUCUAUUUGGCUAACACCCUUUUAAUAACUAUUAAUUAACAUGGUUGGAGGGGAUAACUCUAGUCUCCCUCCAGGUUUUCGGUUUCAUCCGACCGACGAAGAAUUGAUCAUGUUCUACUUAAAAAACCAAGCGUUAUCAAAACCGUGUCCUGUUUCUAUCAUACCCGAGGUUGAUAUUUACAAGUUUGAUCCUUGGGAGUUACCUGAGAAAACCGAAUUUGGUGAAAAGGAAUGGUAUUUUUUUACUCCGCGUGAUAGAAAAUAUCCUAAUGGGAUUCGGCCCAAUAGGGCGGCUGUAUCAGGAUAUUGGAAGGCGACCGGGACGGAUAAAGCAAUCUAUAGUGGAUCAAAAUAUGUUGGUGUAAAGAAAGCCUUGGUGUUCUACAAAGGUAGGCCUCCAAAGGGUACUAAGACCGAUUGGAUUAUGCAUGAAUAUCGACUGAAUGAGUCAAGAUCACAACCGACUAAAAAAAUCGGGUCCAUGAGGUUGGAUGAUUGGGUUUUAUGUCGAAUCUACAAGAAAAAGAGUGCCGAAAGACCUUUGGAACAAAGAGAAGAAAAUGUAAAUACCCAAACUACCCCUAGUGAUGAAAAUAACACUAAGGAGAUACUAUCAAUGAAAAUACCAAGGACAUUUUCACUUGCUCAUUUAUGGGAAUUGGAAUCUCUUGGCUCAAUUUCUCAUCUUCUAGAUGAUCACGACACAAACUUUGGCAAUGAUACCGGAAUCGAAACCGGAGCUACCGUGGCGCAAUCUUCCACUUUUACCCCUGAAACAAGACUAUGGGAACAUCAUUUCAUCAAGUUUGAAGACAAUCAUCAAAAUGCUAACUUCAAACAGACAAGUUUUUAUAAUCCAAUGCUUCGAUUCCAAUGAUUCAUUGACGAAAUCAAAAUGACAUAGGAAGACAAUGUUGAAAUAGUGGGCUUGAUCAUGGGACAGAAAUGGCAAAAGGAAAUAUAUUGUGAUAAUUGUAAAAUAGGUCAUAAAUGGGAGGUGAAAUAGGGGUAAUAUCUCUUUAUUAUCAAUUAAAUGUCCAAUUUGGACAUUUUUGUAAAAAUGUUUGAAUUUUCUUUAAGUAUUUUCGAUUUAGUAACAAUUUUUUUUUUCCAAA